AUGAAUGUUCAAAAGUGUGCCAGGUGUGGGUUUGUGGUGUACCCAGCGGAGAAGCUCAAUCUUAUUGGUCAGAACUGGCACAAAGCAUGUUUUCAUUGCGAGGUCUGUAAGAUGGUUCUGACGGCCAAUAAUUUUGUCAGCCAUCAGAAAAGGCCGUACUGCCAAGUGCAUAAUCCAAAAAACAACACUUUCACAAGUGUUUAUGAGACCCCUGUCAACAUCAAUGCCAAGAAGCAAUCUGAAGCAGUCAGUGAGAAUAAAUAUAGAGAAGAAGGGGAGCGCUUCAUGUCCACUUUCAGCUAUGACAUGAGAUCAAAAGAAAUCGAGCAAGCUCGUAAGGCCAGCCAGCUUGCCAGUCAGCAAGGUUACCAAACUGAAUUUGUGGGCCAACAGUCAUUUUAUUCGGGCAGCGUUACCAGCCAGGAAAUUGUGCGUGUGACCCAAGCACAGAAGACCAUUAGCGAUGUGGAAUAUAAACGAGGCCAUGAGGCACGUGUGACGCAGUUUACCUCUGUAGCCGACACACCUGAGAUGUUACAUGCCAAGACUGGAGUCUCAUUGGCCAGUGAUGUGAAAUACACAGAGGAAUACGAGCAGUCUAAAGGAAAGGGCAGUUUCCCAGCUAUGAUCACGCCAGGAUAUGAAAUGGCAAAGAAAGCCAAUACACUGGCUAGCAAUGUGGAGUAUAAAAAAGGCCACGAAGAACGAGUGUCAAAAUACACCGCUGUGGCGGAUACUCCUGAUGUGCUUCUAGCUAAAAAUCAAGGGAAGAUUGUCAGUGAUUAUGUCUACGCUGAGGAAUAUGAACAGCAGAAGGGCAAAGGCAGUUUUCCUGCCCACUUCACUCCCGGAUACCAGGUGGCUAAAAAAGCUGGCGAGAUGGCCAGCAAAGUGAAAUAUCAACAGAAAUAUGAGCAGGAGAUUAAGGGCAAGGCAAGCACUGAUGCUGGUUCUGCAGAGUUUACUUUGGCUAGAGAGAAUGCAGAGCACUUCAGUCAGCAUGCCUAUACUGAGGAAUAUGAACAGCAAAAGGGCAAGGGCAGCUUCCCUGCUAUGAUUACCCCUGGUUACCAGAUGGCCAAGAAAGCCCAUGACAUAGCCAGUGAUCUGAAAUAUAAGAAGGAUUUGAAUAAGAUGAAGGGAUCUUCUGCAUACCACACUCUGAACACUGACGACAACUUGACUCUGAACUGUGCACGCAAAAUCAACAAGCUUGUGAGCGAGGUUGAAUACAAGAAGGACCUUGAGAACACCAAAGGCCACAGCAUCAACUACUGUGAGACGCCACAGUUCAAGAAUGUGUCAAAGAUCGCCAAGUUUACCAGUGAUAAUAAAUACAAGGAGAAUUACACCAAUCACAUGAAGGGGCACUAUGAGGGUGGAGGCAUCGAUAAGAAGACCAUGCAUGCCAUGAAUGUCAGAAAGCUUGCCAGUGAUAUUGCCUACAAAUCAGAAUAUGAGCAGGAGAAGCAUGUUCAGAGUGAGUACAACUACCCAGCCACCAUCACUCCAUCCUAUCAGUCACAGAAGAAACUGGAGCCGCUCAAAGAUAAAAACUACAGACAGCAUAUCGACAAGCUUAAAUUCAGCCAGGUUACAGACACUCCUGAAAUUGUGCAAGCCAGAAUCAAUGCAAACCAGCUGAGCAAUCUGAACUAUAAAGCCAACUAUGAGAAGACAAAGACGCAGUACACAUUAUCUCAAGAUACACCAGAACUUAAAAAGGCCAAAGUCAAUGCAGAGCUCGCCAGUGAUAUCAAAUACAAAGAGAACUGGGAGAAGAACAAAUCCAAAGCAUGUGAUAUCGGCCUGGACACACUGACAUUCAAAGCUGCCAAAGCCUCUCGAGACCUGGCUAGUGAUAUCAAGUAUAGGGAAGCAUAUGCAAAGAACAAAGACAAAGCCAUUGGAAUGGAUGUGAGUGACUCCAAAACAAUGCACUCCCUUCAGGUGGCCAAGCUAAGUAGUGAGGUUGCUUAUAAAAAGGAUUCUAAGGAGACUCAAUCCAAGUGCAACCUGCCUCUAGACAUGGUGAAUCUUAGUCAUGCUAAGAAGGCUCAGGCCCUGGCCAGUGAUUUGGACUACAGGAAGAAGUUACACGAUUAUACCGUCCUGCCUGAUGACAUGAAAGUGCAGCAAGCUAAGAAAGCCUACCAACUGCAGAGUGAUAACCAGUACCGAUCAGACCUGAACUGGAUGAAAGGAGUCGGGUGGGAGGCUGAUGGUUGCCUUGAUGUAGAACAAGCCAAGAAAGCAGGAGAACUAGUCAGUGAGAAAAAGUACCGUCAGAAGGUGGACAAUGUGAAAUUCACACAAGUGGCAGACACUCCUUCCAUCAUACAUGCUAAGAAGAGCCAGGAGCUGCAGAGUGGGCUGGCGUACAAAGCAGGCACUGAACAGACGAUGCACCAGUACACUAUAAGCAAAGAUGAGCCUCUCUUCAAGCAAGCCAAAGCUAAUGCAGAGCUUCUUAGUGAGAAAUCAUAUAAGAGUAGAUGGGAAGAGCAGAGGGAGAAGGGUUUUGAACUUGGCUUGGACUCGCUUUCAAUUCUCGCAGCCAAAACAACAAGAGAUCUCGCCAGUGAUGUGAAGUACAAGCAAGAAUAUGAGAUGACAAAAGGGAAGAUGAUUGGCGUGAAGACUGUUUCAGAUGAUUCUCUGAUGGCCCAUUCAACCAAGGCUACCAAACUCCAGAGUGACCUCAACUACAAGAAAGAGUAUGAGGACACCAAGACCAAAUACAGUGCCUCACUCGAUAUGAUGAACCUCACCCAUGCCAAGAAAGCCCAGGAACUGGCCACUGAGAAAAAUUACAAAACCUUCUUACACGAGUACACCAUCUUGCCCACUGAUAUGACGGUGGAAUGGGCCAAGAAAGCUUAUGGCCUACAGAGUGAUAAAAAGUAUCGCUCCGACUUAAACUGGAUGAAAGGGGUGGGAUGGGAAACCACCGGAUCCCUUGAUAUACAGCAGGCCAGAAAAGCUACAGAUUUAGCCAGCGAGAAAAAAUACAGACAGGAUGUAAGUGCUCUGAAGUUUACCAGCGUGGAGGAUACACCAGAGAUGGUCCAGGCCAAAAUCAGUAGCAAACUGGUUCUUGAUAGAUUAUACCGAGAGAAAGGAGAGAAUGAAAUGCACAAGUACACACUGAUUGGAGAUAUUCCAGAGCAUGUGCAGGCUAAGAUCAAUGCCAUGAACCUCAGCGAGUCACACUACAAAGAGUCCUGGAGAAAGAUCAGAGAUGGUGGCUACAAGUUGCGCUUGGAUGCUAUUCCAUUCCAAGCAGCCAAAUCUUCUUCAGAUAUCCUCAGUGAUCAAAAGUACAAGGCACAGUUUGAGAAGACAAAAGGGAAGAUGAUUGGGCUAAGGGGACUACAGGAUGACAUAAACAUAGCUCACUCUGUGCAUGCCACAAAUAUACAGAGUGAUCUCAAAUACAAAAUGGACUCUUCUAAGGUGCACUCUCAGUUCCAUCUACCAAUGGAUAUGUUGGAUGUGCUCCAUGCUAAGAAGGCUCAGUCUCUGGUCAGCGAUCAGGACUAUAGACUUACAUUGCACAAGUAUACAACACUGCCUGAUGACCUCAAAGUGCAGGCUGCCAAGAGAGCAUAUGAACUGCAGAGCGAGAAAAUCUACCGCUCUGAUCUGAACUACCUUCGUGGUGCGGCCUGGAUUGCCACUGGUGCCCUACAGAUUGAGGGAUCUAAACGAGCCACAGAUCUAAUUAGCGAGAAAAAGUAUCGCCAGCUGCCCUACUCAUUCAAGCACACAUCCGUCACGGAUUCUCCAGAUAUUGUGCAUGCUAAGACCAGUAACAAGAUCACUAAUGAGCGCCUGUACAAAGAAAAGGGAGAGAACUUCAGGCACAACUACACCAUUACUGCCGAGAGACCUGAAAUCACCCAGGCCAAAAUUAACGCUGCUAACUUCAGUGAUGUUAAAUACAAGGAGUCAUGGCAUACACUAAGAGCUCAGGGUUAUAAACUCACCAUGAAGGAUAUCCCCUUCCAGGCUGCCAAAGCCUCCACCAGCAUUGCUAGUGAUGUCCAGUACAAGCACAACCAUGUAUUGGAGAAAGGCAAGCACAUCGGAGCUCGCGGUGUUCAUGAAGACUCGCAUUUAAUGCACUGCUUAGAAAUGGGCCGUCUGCAGAGUGACCAGCAUUAUCGCAAAGACGCUGCGUCUGUUAGUGGCCAGUACCAGCUGCCUCUAGACAUGGUGAACCUGGUUCAUGCCAAGAAAGCUCAGGCGUUAGCCAGCGACCAGGAUUACAAGACUCACAUACACUCUUACACAGCUCUACCUGAUGAUAUAAAGGUGCAAUGGGCCAAAAAGGCUUAUGACCUGCAGAGCCAGAAUGUAUACAAAUCAGAUCUGAACUUCAUGAAGGGAGUGGCCUGGGACUCAGUAGGUGCACCCCAGCUGGAGUCUGCAAAGAAAGCUGGAGAACUCAUUAGUGAUAAAAAGUAUCGUCAACAUCCUGACAGUCUGAAGUUCACUCAAGUAGCUGAUUCACCUGAUAUCAUCCACGCAAAGAACAGCUACAUGCAGUGUAGUGAGAGGAUGUAUAAAUCUGGAGACUCUGACUCUAUGCACAAGUACACAUUACCUCCUGAUCAUCCUGACUUCAUCAGAGCAAGGAUCAAUGCUCAGCAAAUUAGCGAUAAAGUGUAUAAAAAAUCAGGUGAGCAGGUGAUGUCUGCAGGUUACGACCUCAAGUUAGAUGCCAUUCCCUUCCAGACAGCCAAGGCGUCUCGAGAAAUUGCUAGUGAUUUCCGCUACAAGGAGGAAUUUGUCAGAGGCAAAGGCCAGCAGGUGGGCCUCCUCAGCGUUGAGGAUGACCCCAAGAUCAGACACUCACUGGCUGUAGGGAAGCUCCAGAGUGACAACGAGUACAAGAAGCAGUUCCAGGAGACACGCUCUCAGUUUAAGAUCCAUGGCGACCAGCCUGAGUUCCUGCAUGCUAAGAAGAGCCAGGCUCAGCUCAGCAACCUCAACUAUCGCCAACAUCUUCACGAUUAUACCUGUGAUCCUAAUCAACUCAACGUCAAACAUGCUAAACAAGCAUACCAGCUGCAAAGCGAUGUGAACUACAAAUCCGAUUUGAACUGGAUUAAAGGUGUGGGCUGGACCCCACCGGGCUCUCAUAAGGCAGAAAUGGCCCGCCGUGCAGCAGAACUGGGUCUUGCUGAAGGAGUAACCACUGACGAGGCUAUCGCCAAGUAUCAGCAGCUGAGGAUGCUCCAGAGACAGCAGGAGUUUCAGGAGCAAGAGCAAUCCAACACCGAGCAGACGGAGACCACAAAGGAGUUCCAGCAGCCAGGAGUCAAUCCAGAUGCUAUGGAGAUCCUCCACGUCAAGAGGAAGAAGACAAUUCACACCACAUUCAAGCAGGCCAAGACCACAAAAUCCAUCACGUCACAGUCUGUUGCUUCCCACUCAACCACAAGUCAGUCUAUCACCAACCAGUCCACCAAGAAACAAUCCAUUAUGAGCCAGUCUCAUGCUGAUGAAUCCACCGCAAGUCAGAUGAGUGAAAACCGGGCCAUCACAGAUCAAGCUGCUGCGAAGUCAGGAACAAUGUAAUCUGCCAUUUCUGUCUUCCUUACUUCUGUUUUUUAAAUUUCAUUGAUGAACAUCAUGUAGAUCCUGGUGUUCUUUGACUGUGUUUUCGAUUAAUCCAUGAAUGAAGGAUAUUUAGAUGAAAAAUGAAUGUGAAGAAGGUUAUAAGUGAAAAGUGAACAUGAAAGUGGUUAAAGUAAGUUCAGACAGUAAAGGGUGGUUGGUUUUCAUUUUAUUAUGGUUUAAUGAAUGUGCUUAUAGUUACAAGAAGAUGGACAGAGUAUGGAGAAGAGUAUGUAAAGAAUAGGGGUGAGCAUGAUUUUGAAGAUGUGCUAUUUUAUUAUUACGGUAGAUAUGGGAUAUUUUUUAUUUGCUGGAAAUAUGAUAAGCCAGAAUCAAUUGUAAAAUGUCUGAUUACAUUCAAAACAUUUAAUUCGUCCCUCUGAGAAUUCAACAGUUGUCUCUGGGGGUUCUGAAACUGUUUUACUGAAGCUACUGGAUCCAUUGUAUGCACAUCAAGCUGCACUUUGUGAGAAAGAACCUCAACUCUGCUUGCAGAGUUUAAUAGCUGAACUGUAAGUAAAUGUGUGAAUUAUGACAAAUGAUAAUAAAAGUUAUUUUAUGUCUAGAACUUGAGCACUAGAGGGCAGUCACAGACAGUUUUAUUUUGUCAAGUCAAUAGUUUCUUGUAAUAAACUUGUUUGACAGACAGACAGACAGGCAUAGAUAGAUAGAUAGAUAGAUAGAUAGAUAGAUAGAUAGAUGGAUAGAUAGAUAGAUGGAUGGAUGGAUGGAUGGAUGGAUGGAUGGAUGGAUGGAUGGAUGGAUGGAUGACUUUAAAAGCUGUAAAAUGACAUUAUUCCUUCCAGCAGUUUGGAGGAACUGCUCAGCGGGGCUUCACUAUUGCUGGAACAUAAUGAAAAUCAGUUUAAAGAAAUAAAUCAUGUUUAUUUUCUUGCUUUUCCAAUGCAAGUGUUGACCCAUAAUGCCUAAAGCAGAGGUGCUGAGCAACUGUUGUGAAGGAACUGGUGAUAGUCAGCCCAUAGGGACACUUGUGAAGGCUGAUGCGAGUUUACAGCUGAGUUCUGAGCACUGGGCUUUUGGUUACGAGAAUUUAGGUGGAAAAACCUUUUCAACAGAAAAAGUAUGUCUCGUUAUUUCCACUGCAUAUUGGCAUAUAGAAUAAAACAAGUUGUCUGGUUAAUGCAUGAUGAAUGUUUAUUUUACCUUCAAGCUGUAUUACAGUGAUAAUUUUAUACAGUAUACCUCUUAGGGUUAGAACAGCUGGGUUUUUAAAGACAUUUCUAACAGUUAUUCUUCAAGAGCGGCGAUAAGAUAAACACACAGGAUGACAAAUUUUUUGCAAUUUAUGCACAUUUUGCAUACAUAUAAAAGCAGUAAUGACUGUAAAAAUUGCCAUUUCUUUAGUUAAUGUUCACUACUGAGGAAGAGUAGAGCUUGACAAAGCUUUGAGUAAUGUGACCAUUUUUCCUAUAGAGACAAAAAUGGCCUGUGAGUCAGUGGGUUUGUGGUCAAAGUAGCAAUAAAAUCGUCUGUAUGUGCAGACAUCAUGUCCAGCCUCAGUCCCGUAAGCCCCCUUGUCGCCCAAAUUUCUUUAUGGCUCUCACUGGGCCUUUCAGAGUGAAUUUGUUUUGCUUUUGCUGCUUACUACUGUACAAAUGCCCAAGUGUGAUUAGAAUGAGUCAGUACACAGAGCUGGACUGAAUUCUGCUAAUGCAAACCUGAUUGAAAAAGUUUGGCGUUACCUUGAACAGUUCAAAAUGGCAAAUGUGCACUGACGUAUCUGGUGUUCCUCUUAAAUGAAGGCCUUGAUCUGAUCAGGUUUAAACAGAAGUUUUAUGAUCCUUCGUGAUGGAGAUCAAUUGCUAAAUUCAUAACAUAACCAGUUCAAACACUUGGCUCUGUUGUUAGUUUGCUUUUGCACAGAAAAUUAAUGUGCCAAAGAUCUUAGGAAACACUGCCCUUAGAGUAUAGUUUACACAUGUUGUAAAUUUCGAGUGUACCUUUAAGCUCAUUUUGAAAAGAAAAUACAGGACACUGUGCAUUUGCUACAGCCAGUAAGUGUGGCACUAGCAGACACACAUAAAACUUGACAUGGUGGCCGGUCAGUUCUGUCCAGUUUGACGUGAACCUUGUCCGUUUAAAGAGUGCCACAUGGCUUGUAUAAAGAAAGCCCGACUUAAUGAGUUGUAUUCCACUGGAGUAUUGGCUUUCAUGAGUCUGCCUUUCCACAUGGAAAAUAAGGAAAUUCCUGAGUCUUCUGUGCUGCAGCACAAACUGUCAGAAUUAGAUCCGUAGAUGGAAAAAUGAACACAUGCUCGCUGCUUUAAAAUCGUAAUGCAACACCAGUGAUAUUUACAGAAGGGCUUCAUAACUAAUGGGUCGCGACCCAAAAAUGGGUCACAGAUCUGUUCUGAUAGGGUUGUGGGGAAAAAAACCUUGCUAAAUAUAUAUAUAUAUAUAUAAAGUGCUACUAACCAUAUAGCCAUGCAUAUUUCAGCUAACAAAAUAACUAGACAUUAAUAACAGAGGAGAUUUUGAAUUUGAUCUUUUGUUCAUCCAGUCCAAUUCUAUAAUAUUUUGCAGUGAAUGCAUGCAAUGAACUGAACUAGUUCUCACAAAAAUAAAAUAAUCUCUCAUUGUUUACUCACCCCUCAUGUCGUUCAAAAAAACAUGAUGUUC